CGCAUAGCACUUCCGGGGCUGCGGGGACGGCUCCGCCGGAGGAAGCUGCGCGGGCCCGACCCGCGUCCGCCCGCCGUCUCCGCUGUCGCUACGCCCCAGUCACACUGUUUUGGCCCGGCUUGACCUGGGCUGGCCGGCCUGGGCUCUGCGGCCGCGGGGCCGCGGCUCCCGAUGGAAAUCAUAUGAUUCAGGCUGGGUGAUACCCGCAGGGAAGAUCUUUAAAAAUUACAGAAGGCAAAACGCUAAUGCAUUUAAGAAAACGCUAAAGUUGGGGGGAGGGGGAAAAGCACACUGCUUUCCUGAUCUGCAUCUCGGCUGGAUGUUAAGAUGUCUGUGGACAUGAACAGCCAGGGGUCUGACAGCAAUGAAGAGGACUAUGACCCAAACUGUGAGGAAGAGGAAGAAGAGGAAGAGGACCCUGGGGACAUAGAGGACUACUAUGUGGGAGUAGCCAGUGAUGUGGAGCAACAGGGGGCUGAUGCUUUUGAUCCCGAAGAGUAUCAAUUCACUUGCUUGACCUAUAAGGAGUCUGAGGGUGCCCUCCACGAGCAUAUGACCAGUUUAGCCUCUGUCUUAAAGGUAUCUCAUUCAGUUGCAAAACUUAUAUUAGUUAAUUUCCACUGGCAAGUCUCAGAGAUUCUGGACAGGUACAGGUCUAAUUCUGCUCAGCUGCUUGUUGAGGCUCGAGUUCAGCCUAAUCCAUCAAAACAUGUUCCCACAACCCAUCCCCCUCACCACUGUGCAGUGUGUAUGCAGUUUGUGCGGAAGGAAAACCUACUCUCUCUGGCCUGCCAGCAUCAGUUUUGCCGAAGCUGCUGGGAGCAGCAUUGUUCAGUGCUGGUCAAGGACGGUGUUGGUGUAGGAGUCUCAUGUAUGGCUCAGGAUUGUCCACUCCGAACACCAGAGGACUUUGUAUUUCCUUUGCUUCCCAACGAAGAAUUGAGAGAUAAAUACAGGCGCUACCUCUUUAGGGACUAUGUAGAGAGUCAUUACCAGCUCCAGCUGUGCCCUGGUGCAGACUGCCCCAUGGUUAUUCGGGUACAGGAACCUAGAGCUCGCCGAGUGCAGUGCAAUCGGUGCAACGAGGUCUUCUGUUUCAAGUGUCGACAGAUGUAUCACGCCCCCACAGACUGCGCCACAAUCCGGAAAUGGCUCACCAAGUGUGCAGACGACUCUGAAACAGCUAACUACAUUAGUGCUCACACGAAAGAUUGUCCCAAGUGCAACAUCUGCAUUGAAAAGAAUGGCGGCUGCAAUCACAUGCAAUGCUCCAAGUGUAAGCACGACUUCUGCUGGAUGUGUCUAGGAGAUUGGAAGACACAUGGCAGUGAGUACUAUGAGUGCAGUCGGUACAAGGAGAAUCCUGACAUUGUCAACCAGAGCCAGCAAGCCCAGGCCAGGGAGGCCCUCAAGAAGUACUUGUUCUACUUUGAGAGGUGGGAAAACCACAACAAAAGCUUGCAGCUAGAGGCACAAACAUACCAGCGGAUUCAUGAGAAGAUUCAAGAGAGGGUUAUGAACAAUCUGGGAACUUGGAUUGACUGGCAAUACCUACAGAAUGCUGCCAAGCUGUUGGCCAAGUGUCGAUACACCCUGCAGUACACCUAUCCAUACGCAUACUACAUGGAGUCUGGUCCCAGGAAGAAGCUGUUUGAAUACCAGCAGGCUCAGCUGGAGGCUGAGAUUGAAAACCUUUCAUGGAAAGUUGAGCGCGCAGACAGCUAUGACAGAGGGGACUUGGAAAAUCAGAUGCACAUAGCAGAGCAGCGGAGGAGAACCCUGCUGAAGGAUUUCCAUGACACCUAAGCUGGGCUGUGGAUGUGCCGGGGUGAGGAAGAUGUAGCUGUGAGGCCUCCCGGCUACCGUGCUGCAUGCUGCAGGCUCUGCCUUUCACGACCCCAGGCAACAGCCAGGGCCCCACUCCUGAGAGACACUGGCAACACACCUUAGUCAAUUUUUUUCUCCUCAUCUUUUUGCUUUUUGUUUCUGCUAGGGUAGAGGCUGUCUUGAACUGGUCUCUAGUAAGGACUUUUCAAUUUCCCCUGGAUGGUUGUUGGGUGGGAGGGAACUUUUUUUUUUUUUUUUUCUGAAUGGCUAUUAAUAGUAUUAGAUCAUUACAACUUAUGUAAUUUUCAAAGGUUGUACGAUUAUAAAGAAAAAAGGCAAACCAUAGAUAACACAGAGCCCUUUUGAAAAUAAAUUGGCAUUGGAGUGUUACCCUCUAGCUAUUUUACUUAGAAUGUAACUUGAUGCUGCCACCCACCGAGCCUCAGAAUGUCUGCACUGCCAGGGGCCCUGGGGUGGUCUCUGCUUUCCAGCAUCAUGUUUCACCAUAGCUGUCCCAGAGGAAGAGCAUGGGUGGCAAGUGUGGGGGGCGCUGAGUAGGCCUGCAUAACGGGCUGGAGCACAGGGAGGUGCAUGCCUCCUGCCUUAGCUGGUCAGUGAGGGCACGAGCAGAGCAAGCUCUUACUGCGGGCUUGCUUUUAUUCUUGAAUGUGAGGUUUACCUGAGUCAGGCCACCAGGCCAGACCCCCACAGAGGGGGCUACCACUAGCACCUCCAGACUGGGAGACUGGUUCAGCACGGUGCUUCCUUUUGUCUCGUAAAGAUAAGAGAUCCACCUUUGAAAGGAAUAAUUCCCCCAAAUAAGUUUCCUUUUCAUUGGUCGUUCCUUUUGAUCCAGUAUUCAAGUGGUAUACUCUUGACCAGUGUCACAUGUGGCCAUGUCUGACACUGUCUUACUGUGUAUGGUGAACAGAGGUCACAGGGUCAGAGUUCAACAUGGCUCUUCCAGGGGCAUGAGCCUUGUGGCUCAAGAGCUAGGUUUGCACAAGUUAUUUUUAUGUUAACCUGGAGUGUGGCCAGAAGCUGCUCUGAGGGAGGGUGUGUUCCCCUUUGCCUAGUUGCAGCUGCCAGGAGACCCCAUCUCCAUGGUCUGGGAGUCUGAGGCCAGGAGGAAUCCCUGGUUUGUGGUCCCAGUUCCUCUGCUAGAAGGGGCUGGUCAGAGGGAAGGGCCAGUUCUUGCACAGUCAAGUGCAAAGGAACAGCAGCUUGCCUGGUGUCCUUCCUGUCUUGAACCUGGUCCUGUGGGCCUUUGAAAAGUUAGAUCUGUGAUCUCUGGGGUUUCCAUGGCUUUGUUCAGUGCCUCCCCUCUGAGACUGGCAGAGCUGUCUAUACUUGACAGGCCCUCCUUGAACUGUUAGGAGAGCCUAUAGAGAAAUCUGUGAAUAUUAUGAUGCAGAUUCUUUGAUAUUCAUACAUUUUCACCUCCAGUCAGCAAUUUCCUAGGUACCAUGUAAAGCUGUAAAAUUGAGUUAUUCUUGAAGACAGGUGACAGCUGUGACUCUUGGGGUACAUGGCCAGCUGCACGCUCUUUCACCUCCUCAGGUUUUGUCUCUUCAGAGAUUGUGGGGUAGAUUGGGAGCAGCAAUUUGGUGUAUGAUGAAUGAACCCAGAAUAACAAGGGGAGCUGAUUGUGAACAAGGAGUGUGUCUGCUGCAGGGCCCAGUGUGGCGUGUGGAUCUGGCUAUCGAGUCUGUUCAGUGGCACUGUUGUGACACCCGGCCAGAGUUGCGGCUCUGCAGCCUAACUCCCCCUUAGGCACUUUCUGAACUGCACAGCUACCAUGCUCCUACUCAUCAGCUGUGACCCUGACCAUAGGCACUGUGGGGGCUCUGCCAGCCGUGGCUGGCACACUUCCCCUGUGGAGACCUGUGUUCCUCACCUCAGUGGCUGUCCUUUGUUAACAUUGUCAGGAACAACUAGAAGGUCAGGCAGAGGUGGUUUGGGGGUUGCUUUGGUGUUCUGCCCUGCAAAGGGCAGAGAAAAAGACAGUGUUUUCAUGAACUGACCAGAUCCUUGUUUUUCUUCAAAGAAAAGUUGAGGCAAUGUCAUCUGCUCAAAGCUGAGUGGUUUAUUAAAAAUAAACUAAGUUUCUGAUUAUAAA